UUCUACAGCGCGCAUAGCAACCAUUUAGUUAUGUUAUAUUCUUAGAUAUAUUGCUUUUUAAAGACAACAGACAAUUUUCUCUAUUAAUUAUAUAUUGCUUUAUUCACUUGAGGACUCGAAGUAGCUUAAUUUGUUUUGUUAUGAUAUUAUAUUUACGUACUUGUCUCCUGUUAAUGUGUACGUGAACAAGGUAAAGGAAACUGAUAUUCGUGAUGUAUUUAAAACCUACGCACGACCUUUGUAUCGGUAUAAGCAAAUAUAGGUUCACUGAUUUGACAUGUUGAUUAGCUGAGUAAUGUAAAUUGAGUUAUAAAAGUACAGUAGGGCAGUGUUAGCGUAAAAUGUGUUGAGGAAAGACGUGUAGAUAAAUUGAGAUAUGAUGAGACAAGGCGUACGUUUGAGUUUUAUUUGAAGAGAUUUCUUGGUUCGUGGAGAAGUAUAUAUGUUUCGAGCCAGCGUAAAUGAGAUAGAUUGCGAUCUAUAACACUUGGUCCACCGAAGAAGCCGCAUAUAUCAUGAGCCUUGAAAAAGAAGAAGCAGAUAUAUUGAAAAAGAAGCGGAGCGUUUUUCGAAGAAACACGACGAAACUCGUGAACAAGGUUUUAGACCUGAGAAAUGCUGAUGGAGAAAACGAUACCAUACUGCUCAAAUCUUUUAGUGAACAGUUAAAAACUCAACGGGAUGAGCUGAAAGAGUUAGAUAAUAGUAUCUUUGAAUAUGUUCUCGAAAACGAAGACGAAGACGCGUGUGAUAAAGAAGUUGAAGAAUCUGGAGAAUAUUCGGGAAAAAUAACACAUGCCUUGGUUUUUAUCAACGAAGAACUGGGAGGAGACGAUGACGCCUUUUCAGUGAAGUCAGGUAGUUCGCGUAGAAUGCAGAGGAGUGCAUCGAAAGAGAGUGUUGCUUCCGAAUGCUCGCAGUAUUCAAACCAAAGGGACACUGGGAAGAGAAAAGUUCGCGUGAAAUUGCCGCAGUUAGAAAUAAAGAAAUUUUCGGGAAAGAUACAAGAGUUUCAAGAGUUUUGGGACAGUUUUGUGAGCGCGAUUCAUGAGAACGAUGAGUUAGCGAAUGUAGAUAAAAUGAAAUAUUUGAAGGGAUAUUUGGAGGAGCCUGCGAGAUCAGUCAUUUCCGGAGUGCCUAUUACUGAUUCAAAUUAUCAGACCGCAAUCGAAUUGUUGAAGAAAAGAUUUGCGAAACCGAGUAUGCUGGAACAUGCCCACAUAAAUCAAAUGGUCAACAUGCAACCAGUUUUCAAUGAAGAUGACGUCAUCAGGCUGAGGAAAUUCAGGGAUCAAAUCGAGACGAAUUUUCGUGGAUUGGAGGCUCUGUCUGUCGAUCAAGGAACCUACUCCAAGAUUGUGGUGCCUGUGUUGGUGGAGAAGUUGCCAAAGCAGUUGAAAUUUAGCAUGGUGCGAUCACGAAGAAAAAGCGUCUUGGAAUGGAGUUUGGAUGAGCUGAUUGCAGAACUUGAUUUGGAGCUUGAAGUUCGGGAAAAUCAUGCAGAAUUUGUAAAGAUCAGUGGACGGCCUAAUAAGCAAGAUGAAGCACCAAGACAACUAACGAGAUGGAAGGGACCGAACACUGCAAGUGCACUUUUUACACCUGAGGGAAAGCAGAAGUGUGUUUACUGCACAGGAGACCACAAGCCAAAUGAAUGCACAAAUCAUACGGACCCUGAGGACAGGAAAAGUAUCCUUAAGAAAUGUUUUAGGUGUUUUAUUUGUCUUAAAGCCAACCACAGGUCUUUUGAAUGUAGAUCAAAGUUGCGAUGUCCGCAGUGUAAGGCUAAGCAUCACGUCUCUAUUUGUAGCAGCAUGCCAUUUAAGCCAGAAAAUAAGGAUGCGCCUGCGAAUAAGCUAAGCCCUAAUGCCCCAGCUUGGGUUGGAAGCAUGUGUUCUGGGGACAGUGUGGCCUUGCAAACAGCCUUGGCAAAGGUGAAUGACAAAAAAGGAUGCAAUGUGAGAGUGCUAUUUGACUCUGGGAGUCAUAGAUCCUUCAUUUCUGCCAUGGCUGUAGAAAAUUUAGGACUCAGGCCAGUGAGAAGAGAAAAUUUGAGCAUAAAGGCCUUUGGGUGUAGAGAAACAGAUGACAGUAUGAGAGAUGUAGUAGAAUUUUAUCUUUUGCCUUUGAUGGGAGAAAAGAGAGUGAAAGUUUCUUGUUAUGUUGUUGAUAAUAUAACUAGUAUUGCGAAUAUUCAUGUUGAAAAAGUAAAAAAACUUUACCCCCACUUGCACAUGAUAUAUUUUUCAGAUGUUUCUAGGUUUGAGGACAAGCUGAAUAUCCAGAUUUUAAUUGGCUCAGAUUUUCAAUGGGAGUUCAUGGAGGGGGAAGAAAUACGAGGGGGGCCACAUGAACCUGUGGCAGUGAAGACAACUCUUGGGUGGGUUUUGUCUGGACCCUUGAAAGGUGAGAAAUUUGACUCUUCUCCUCAAUGCUCAGUAAAUUUGUUGCCAUGCGAAUCUUCUGCGAAGGGGAUUGAGGAACAGGUAAACAAACUUUGGGAUCUUGAUAGCUUAGGCAUAAGGCCUAAGGACAAUGUGCAUGAAGCUCUACUUGAUGACAUUGUAUUUACAGGAGAGAGAUAUUCAGUAUCAUUGCCUUGGAAGGAAGGUCAUGGUCCUUUGCCAUUAAAUUACAACAAUUGUGUUGCUAGAUUGAAAUCGCAAGUAAGAAAGCUCAAGCAGGAUCCUAAGAUCUUGCAUGAAUAUGAUAGAAUUAUUUCAGAGCAGUUGCAAACAGGUAUCAUUUCAAAGGUAUCCGAAAUGGAGGAUGCAGAAAGAGUUUCAUAUCUGCCACAUUCAGCAGUUGUACGUGAAAAUGCAGAAACAACUAAGGUAAGAGUUGUUUACGAUGCUUCUUGUAAAGAUAGAAAUACAGGAACCUCCUUAAAUGACUGCUUGCAUGUGGGUCCAUCAUUGACACCAUUAAUUUUUGAUAUUCUUUUGCGGUUCAGAGAUGCAAGAGUAGCUCUUGUUGGCGACAUUGAAAAAGCUUUUCUGAACAUUGAGGUAAAUGCUAAAGAUCGUGAUUGUUUGAGAUUUCUCUGGUUAAAUGACAUCAGUGCAGAAAAACCCGAGAUCAUUGUGCUCAAGUUUAAUUCUGUUGUCUUUGGUGUUAAUAGCUCACCAUUCAUUUUGAAUGCUGUUUUGCGUCAUCAUCUUUCUACCUUUCAGGAGUCUGACCCAGACUUUGUCACGCAAAUGUCACAGUCUUUCUUUGUUGAUGACCUUGUAACCGGUUGCCCUAAUGUAGCAGAAGCAUAUUCCCUCUUUUGUAAGGCAAGAGAGAGAAUGAUGAAAGGGGGAUUUUCACUACGAAAAUGGAAAACAAACAAUGCUGAGCUUAGGGAACAGAUUCUGCAGAAAGAGAAAGGAAAUGAAAGUGUAGAUUCCCAAGAAGAGCAAUCCUUUGCCAAAGAAUCAUUAGGACCUCUGCAGGAAACAGGGGGGAAGACCAAAGUCUUAGGUAUAAUCUGGGAUAAUGAGAAAGACACACUUGAAUUUGACCUGACAAAAAUGGCUAAAAAUAUUCAGGUAGAGAGGCCCACAAAGAGAGGCAUUUUGAGCACUUUAGCCAUGUCAUUUGACCCUUUAGGUCUAACAAGCCCCAUAGGGGUGCAAGCUAAAAUUAUUUUUCAGGAUCUUUGCAAAGAGAAGCUUGAGUGGGAUGACCCAAUCCCUGAGAGCAAGGUUGCAAAGUGGGAGGAAUGGAUACAUGGGCUAAAUGAGGUGAAAACAUUAACAAUUUCAAGAUGUGUGUAUGAUGAAAAUGAAGGUGAGUUGUUGAGCUGUCAACUGCAUGGAUUUGGAGAUGCUAGCAAAAGGGCAUACUGUGCAGUUGUGUUUCUUGUUUGGGAAACAACAAAAGGCAGGUAUACAAAGCUGCUGUGCUCUAAGACAAGGGUAGCUCCACUCAAAGAUCUUACAAUUCCACGUCUUGAGUUAAUGUCUGCCAGAAUUUUAGCUGUCCUCAUGGAUAAUGUUUACAAAGCACUGUGUUCACAAGUCAUCAUUGACAAGGUAAAGUACUGGCUUGACAGCAAAACCGCUCUUUACUGGAUAUAUAACCAGGGAGAGUGGAAGCAAUGGGUGCAGUUUCGUGUGUCAGAAAUCUUGAGAUUAACAAAGAAGUCAGAUUGGCGUCAUGUAGGAGGCAAAGAUAACCCUGCAGACCUAGGAUCUAGGGGAGUGUCAGCAUUAGUUUUGAAAGACAGCAAAUUGUGGUGGGAAGGCCCAAAAUGGUUGAGAGAGAGUGAAAAUAAUUGGCCUACUAGUUUAGUGCUUGAAGAUUCAACUGAGAUAAAAGAGGAAAGAAAAAGGAUGCCUAUUGUUUUGAGUGUAGUUACAGAAAAAGUUAGGACAUUGAGCAAUGUUGUGAAUGUGGAAAGAUUUAACUCCUUGACUAAAUUGCUCAGAGUGACGGCAUGGGUCAAAAGGUUUGUUAACAAUCUGAAACACAAAAAAGAGAAAAAAGAAUUGGAAAAGGGGAACUUGGCGGUAGAGGAGAUAAUAGGUGCAGAAAGAAUUUGGAUACAAGAUGCACAGAAAAUGUUGGAAGAGAGUGCAAAUUUUGAGAAAACCAGAGUUCAUCUUGGGAUUAUUGAGAAAAAUGGACUACUCGUCUGCCAGGGAAGGCUGGAAAACUCAGACUUAGAUAUAGAAUCAAAGUACCCUAUUAUUCUGCCCAAGGAGCACAAAUUAGCUCAGUUGAUUGUGUUAGACUGUCAUGAGAAAGUUCACCAUUUGAAGGUAAGAGCUACACUAGCUGAGUUAAGAUCCAGAUUUUGGAUAACUAGUGGAAGACAGUUUGUCAAAAAGAUUCUAAAACCAUGUUUUCGUUGCAGGUAUCUUGAUGGAAAGUCGUUCAAUGCACCAGCCACAGCAGCCUUACCAGACUUCCGAGUAAGUGAAGCACCGCCAUUCAGCACUACUGGUGUGGACUUUGCGGGGCCACUGUUUGUGAAAGCUGAAGGUGGUUUACGUGAAGCACACAAGCUGAAGCAAGCAAAAUCCAAUGCAAUCUGUAAGGGAGACAUAGUCAUUGUGCAAGAUGAAAGCAAUGUAAAGAGAAACACUUGGAAGAUAGCAAUUGUAGAAGAACUUAUAAAAGGAAAGGAUGGUGAAACCAGAGGAGCUAAGGUUAGGAAAGCAUCAAAGAAGGGUAAGCCUGAAACUCUAAAUCGCCCACUUCAAAAACUUUAUCCUUUAGAGAUUCAUUGUUCUAAUGUUUGUAAGGAAGGUAAGGACGGAGGGAAAAGUAUGGAAGAAAUGUUGAAAGUGAAUGACAUGGAUGAAGUGAAGAAUGCGAAUGAGAACACUGCGAAUGUCAGACCUCGCAGAGCAGCAGCACAGGAUGCGCGAUGGAAAUCCCAGCUUAUGCUUGACCCGUAGCGGUCCAAGGAGGGGGGUGUGUGGGGGAUUCUACAGCGCGCAUAGCAACCAUUUAGUUAUGUUAUAUUCUUAGAUAUAUUGCUUUUUAAAGACAACAGACAAUUUUCUCUAUUAAUUAUAUAUUGCUUUAUUCACUUGAGGACUCGAAGUAGCUUAAUUUGUUUUGUUAUGAUAUUAUAUUUACGUACUUGUCUCCUGUUAAUGUGUACGUGAACAAGGUAAAGGAAACUGAUAUUCGUGAUGUAUUUAAAACCUACGCACGACCUUUGUAUCGGUAUAAGCAAAUAUAGGUUCACUGAUUUGACAUGUUGAUUAGCUGAGUAAUGUAAAUUGAGUUAUAAAAGUACAGUAGGGCAGUGUUAGCGUAAAAUGUGUUGAGGAAAGACGUGUAGAUAAAUUGAGAUAUGUUGAGACAAGGCGUACGUUUGAGUUUUAUUUGAAGAGAUUUCUUGGUUCGUGGAGAAGUAUAUAUGUUUCGAGCCAGCGUAAAUGAGAUAGAUUGCGAUCUAUAACAGUUUGUUCUUGAAACAAAAUGACACUGAACUAGCAACGAAAGUAGGGAAAGCUGACAAGGAUGCCAAUUUUACGUGGACUGGCAAGAUACUGCAUUUUUAACACGAGUAUUUAUCGACAACAAGGCAGCCAAGAUGGCGAAAGGUCUUGAUUGGGAGACAUGGAAAACUAAAUUGGAUGAAAAAAUAGCCAAUCGCUUUCGAGCAAGAUACGAUGUGGAUACAAUUUAUCCGCAUAAAAGCGUUUACACUGUACCACAAAGCUAUCCAAACUAAUUUAAUCCACUUUCCUAGGUGAACUAAUUUUGUUCGGAUAGCCGCUCUCAAAUUCGCGCGGAUAGCGUUGGUCUAGUGUAAAAGUGACGCCUAUCUGAACUAAUUUUGAUGCGGAUAAAAUUUAUCCGGAACAGUGUAAACGGGGUCCAUGAAAACGAUAUAGAAAGAAAAACAAAUAUUAACUGAACAAAAGAAUAGUAAUUAAAGUUCAAUUUUUUGUGUCAAAUCAACAAGAAUGAAAUCUUGAGGGAAAUUUUCCUUUGUUUCUUCAAUUUACAGAGAAAAAAACUGUAAACUCGUUAUGUAGCAAUUCGCAUUACCUAUAACACAUUCUAGAUUAAUUAUCACCUCCUUGAGUUGUCUUUGCUUUAACUGCAAAAUGAGCAAAAUAAGUUUGUUGCAACCGCGCGGCAAAACGUUUUCUAGCACAAUCUAAGCUGCCAUAAUCAAAUUUUGCUUGUCGAUUUAUUUAUUCAAAUUUUAAUUAGGCCCAAAAGCAAACUGGGUACAAUUGUUUUAAAAAAUAGAGGAAGGUGAGAAAAGUUUUGGAAAUCUUGUUUAUUAACAAAGUCACCAGCGUUGGCAUCAAAAUAGCCUGCGUGCAGACUUGUCUUCUAUGUGUAAAGUCUACGUGCAGGCAAACAUCAAAUUGGUACCUCGUUUUCUAUGCUCAUUACAGUAAAAAUAAUUGUGCCCACUUGUUAUUGUCCAUAAAAAAUAUGUUGCAUGAUUUAUUGAAAUAUACCAACAAAAGAAGACACAAGCAACAGAAUAUCGAAGGAAAGUCGAUUGUAACUUUAAACUAAAGGCUCAUUUAGUUAACAUUUGACAAGAAACCAAUUUCUUAGUGAAUUUGGAGAUUUUGUAAGCUUUGAGCCAGUGAGAAUGAUAUUAGAAAUGUUUGUGCCAGUGGCGGGGUGGCUAUGUUUUUCCUGGGGUGACCAAGUCGAUUUUUGCGCCUCAUCUAUAUGGUUAACUAAAAGCACGCGUUAUUUGAAGAGGAAUCAAUUUUUGCAACUUGAAUUCAAAAUUUCAUGAAUAAAUUUUGAUUGAAAGUGGGAGUAUGAAUGGAAUAAUUCAAAGUAACAUAACGUAGAGCAAAUGUUUGUUUCAGGUUCCUUGGUUUUUCACUAAAGUUAGCCUUAGUUCAUUUCGCCACUGCUUAUGGGCGAUCUUUUCAGCCUAGUGUCAUCAUAUUUAUGAUGUAUGAUAAACAAACAUGGUUCAAGUUUGUUAUUCUUUAGUAGUUAUUAAAUAGAAGUUCUUUCAACAACUUGAAAAAAUCAAGUAUUGAAUUGUACCAUUGAACCGGACAGAGGCGGCGCGCACGAAAUUGAAUCUUGAGUUGGGCUAAGAAUCAAGUUUAGUGACAUAGGAGGACCCACCAUGGUUUGGAUCCGACGCGGGAAAAAUUUUUUGAAAUCAAGCCUUCCAGAAUGGCUAAAAUGCAUCUCCCAAACAAAAAUUUAACAGAUUACUAUACCGCUCAGAAUAGACAGUUCGACGAUGCUCAGAAAAACAUUGAUUUUUGAUUCUUAGAAAAAAUUUUGGAGGGGAGGAUUCAUGCGUUGGGAAAAGAAAGAAAGGGCGACCUUUGGUUCAGAGUGCACAUCGAUGUUAAUAACAAGAACCUGCUGUAUUGAUUGCCAGGGUGGAUUCCAUAUACUUAGGUCCGAAGAUCUUCGGCGUACACUCAGGAUUUUUUGGCUUUCUGAGUGCAAACUAAUAGAUAAUAUUUUUG